AAAAGCUGUCUUAAAGCUCUGACGAUCUUUCCUGUCCUAGUCGCAGACUCGUCAUCACAGCUCUCAAGCGAAAUUCCCCCUGCUUUCUCCGCGCAAUUUCUCCUCUAUAGGGUAAGUCCUCUCGAAUCAUCAUCUCUCUGAAGAAUCUAGAGUGAGAGAAGUAGAGGAUAUGCCAAUAAUCUCCAAAGCUUCUUCAUCUACCAACAACAACAAUAACAACUCAUCUCUUCCUUCUACUUCUAGGAUUGGAGGUAGGCUUUGUGUGUGGCCUGGUUUCAGACAUCUCUGCCUGAGGAAAAGCUUGUUAUACGGAGUUAUGUGGUUAUUCUCAAUGCCACUCAAGACACUUCGAGGAGCUAGAAAAACACUCAAGAUCACACACUUUUGUAGCAUCUCCAACAUGCCUUCUUCUCUAAAAAUCGAACUGGUGCCGUGUAGUAAGGAGAACUAUGCUUAUGUUUUGCACGAUGAAGACACUGGCACUGUUGGAGUUGUUGAUCCUUCUGAGGCUGCGCCUGUUAUAGAGGCGUUGAGUAGGAAAAAUUGGAACUUGACUUACAUAUUGAAUACUCAUCAUCAUGAUGAUCACAUAGGGGGGAAUGCUGAGCUGAAAGCAAAGUAUGGCGCAAAGGUGAUUGGCUCAGCUGUGGAUAAGGAUCGGAUUCCUGGAAUUGACAUACUUCUCAAGGAUAGUGAUAAGUGGAUGUUUGCUGGCCAUGAGGUUCGGGUUAUUGACACUCCUGGCCACACACAAGGCCAUGUUAGCUUCUACUUUCCCGGGUCAGCCACAGUUUUCACAGGAGACCUGAUACAUAGCUUAUCUUGUGGUACCCUUUCGGAAGGUACCCCCGAGCAGAUGCUUUCAUCAUUCCAGAAGAUUGUGUCUUUACCAGAUGAUACAAGUAUAUACUGCGGUCGUGAAAACACAGCAGGGAAUCUCAAGUUUGCACUAUCAAUAGAACCAAAGAAUGAAACUCUUCGGUCCUAUGCAACCCGAGUCGCCCAUCUUCGCAGCCAAGGACUCCCAUCGAUUCCAACGACUGUUAAGGUGGAGAAAGCGUGUAACCCAUUCCUCAGAACAUCUAGCAAAGAAAUCCGCAGAUCUUUAAACAUUCCAGACUCAGCAAACGAAGCAGAAGCACUGCGUCGUAUACACAGAGCCAGAGACCGUUUCUUAAGAAGUUUGGGGUUAUCUCACCUUAUUGUAUAGUUGGAAGUCACUCAUCAUCAGCUGCAAAGAUUAAUAUAUGAUAAUGUUUUGAGCUUUUUCUCGGUAAUCAUUUGAAUAUUAUAUUCAAAACCAAAAAGUCAUAUAUCAAAUAUAUAGCUGAGCUCAGUUACUAAAAUAUGAGUUUUAAAAUGUAAUAUAUGGUUUUCUUUUUCGUUUUCCUCAUGUAUAAUAUACUACACGUUUUAGUGUCCCU